CCUGAACACUGGUGGCUGCAAGCUGCGAUUUUGGCGUCCUCUCAUUUCCUAUCCUUAUCUCCGCCCGCGGCUGCGUUGGCCAGCUAGCUUUUGAUUUUGUAUCUGGUCACUGAUCAAUAAAGCAACCUAAGGAAACAUAGGACACGAUUACCUCACUGCCAGCUCUGGCCCUGGGCUUGUACAGGGAGCUCAGGGUCUCUGCACCAGUGGGCUGCAGAAACUUAGUCAUAGCGCCCUCAGUCCCUGAGGUCUGAAGCUCGCCGCUGCGCAUUCUCCUCCCUGGGAACGUGACCCCAGCAGCACCCGACGCAGAGACGCCAGCCCACAUACUGCAAGAGAUGUCGGGCUCUUACUCAGCCACCACCACAAUCACAGCGCCCCCCUCUGGGGGACAGCAGAAUGAAGGAGAGAAGUUUGAAAAGAAUCCUCACCACUGGGGAGCAGAUGUUCGCCCCGAAAUAAAAGAUGACUUAUAUGACCCCAGCUACCAGGAUGAGGAGGGGCCCCCGCCCAAGCUGGAGUACGUCUGGAGAAACAUCAUCCUCAUGGCCCUGCUGCACUUGGGGGCCCUGUAUGGGAUCACACUGGUUCCCUCCUGCAAGGUCUACACCUGCCUCUUCGCAUAUUUGUACUAUGUCAUUAGUGCCUUGGGCAUCACAGCCGGGGCGCAUCGCCUGUGGAGCCACCGAACUUACAAGGCGCGCCUGCCGCUGCGGCUCUUCCUCAUCAUUGCCAACACCAUGGCUUUCCAGAAUGAUGUGUAUGAAUGGGCCCGAGAUCACCGCGCCCACCACAAAUUCUCAGAAACUCACGCCGACCCUCACAAUUCCCGGCGUGGCUUUUUCUUCUCUCACGUGGGCUGGCUGCUUGUGCGCAAACACCCGGCUGUCAAAGAGAAGGGUGGAAAACUGGACAUGUCUGACCUCAAAGCUGAGAAGCUGGUCAUGUUCCAGAGGAGGUACUACAAGCCCGGCCUCCUGCUCAUGUGCUUCAUCCUGCCCACGUUGGUGCCCUGGUAUUGCUGGGGUGAAACUUUCGUGAACAGCUUGUGCGUCAGCACCUUUUUGCGAUACGCUGUGGUGCUCAAUGCCACCUGGCUGGUGAACAGUGCCGCUCACCUCUAUGGAUAUCGCCCCUACGACAAGAACAUUAGCUCUCGGGAGAAUAUCCUGGUUUCAAUGGGAGCUGUGGGCGAGGGCUUCCACAACUACCACCACGCCUUCCCCUAUGACUACUCUGCCAGUGAGUACCGCUGGCACAUCAACUUCACCACGUUCUUCAUCGACUGCAUGGCUGCCCUGGGCCUGGCUUAUGACCGGAAGAAAGUAUCCAAGGCCGCUGUCUUGGCCAGGAUCAAAAGAACUGGAGAUGGGAGCCACAAGAGUGGCUGAGUUUGGGGUCUUUCAGUUUCUGUUCCAAAAGCCAGCUUGGCAGAGGCUUAAUGUUCUGUUAAUUAACUACUGAGUAUUGCUACCCAGAUGCUAAAACGAUGACGUUAACCCAUUCUGGUACAGUAUUGUAAAAUGGACAAAUAUCGGAAGUCAGCAGCUCUUCCCUUCCGAUGCUAAGCUGAUCUUCUCUUCUCUUUUCGUUGUCUUUUUCUUUGCUUUGUCCCUGUUGACCUCAUUUCUCAUCGCCUCCCAAGCCAGCCACUGCUCCACCGUAGGUCAGUGCUCGCCUUCCAAAGCCUACCAACUUUCCAAGGGUCUAAAAGUAAAGGUUUGUGCCCCACCCCCAACUCUUAAGCUGUUCUGAGUUAGAGAUGCAAGAAAAUCUGCAGAGAUUUCUCCUGCUAUUUUUAGCCCAGGCUUUGCCAGAUGGAAUGGAAGGUAAAUCUUAUGGGGCCAAAUUCAGCAUGCAGGCUGUGAUUCAUCCAAGAUGUGGGAGAGGGGGAUCUCGUGUGAUCAGGCUCAGCUGUUGUCUCGCAGAGGCCGAGGAGCCUUUCCACACAGCAUGCCGCCUCUCCUAAUUCUGAGUAGGUGACAACCAUGGGACUUGGUGACAUUGGAGUACAAGUAACACAUAUCAGUAUCUCAGUGUAGUUUAGGCUGAAGAUUUAAGGGAAAAAAAGGUAAAAAACUGUAGGGAAAGUGGUCUCUACUGAGAAAGAAUUUUCUUCUCCUUUAAUAAUAAGGACAUGGGGCCAGGCGUCGUGGGUGGCAUAUGCCUUAAAUCAUAGCACUUGAGAGGCAGAGGCAGGUGGAUCUCUUUGAGUUCAAGGUCAGCCAGGGCUAGUUGGUGAGACGUCAAAUAACUAAAUAAAAAGUGAUCGUAAGGGCAUGAGAGCCAGAGGUCUUUGGGUGAGGCAUGUUUGGAAUUGAUGAGGACAGUCACUCGUCAUUCUGAGCAUUCUGUGAGUUGCACGCCCAACUUCUAAUUCCCGCUCUUCUGUCUGGUUGCUCCCAUAAAUUAAGGAUGGCUGUGGCAUUUCUAUACAUUGAACAAUGGAACCUGCAAAUACUCAGAGUGCUUCCCUCCGAAAAGGAGAUGCUGAACGUGUUGUCUGUGCCUCCCACUGCUGGGCAGCAGGUGGAGAAGUUGGAAGGCAUUGGAAGGCAGCUCCUAAUAACUUUCCAGAGGAAAUCUGCUGGGGACAUAUUGCCAGGGGCUUCAAAGUUUUGGGGUGUCCUAGUGAAACAGGUUAGACAUUAGCUCUUCGCUCUUUAUCGUAAGGCUUCCCUUACAAUACUGACUCAUGCCUCAUUGGCUCUUUGGCCAUCCGGCCUACAUGGACGACUCUGUCUGUGACACAUGGCCAAAAUCUCUUAGCUCUACCGCGUCUGCCUCUUUUUCCUACCCAUUUUUGUGGUUUGGGUUGUGUGUUUGUUUGUUUUUUUCUUUCCUCUUUGACAUUUAGUCUUGUUCUAGGCAGAACUGUCCUGUGUAUUCACAGGCAGUAAAUGUGCAGUUCCAGCGGCUUCUCGUUCAGAGAUAGGACGCUGUAUCAGUAGUAAGGAGAGCUGGCUGUCCCCUUUCCGGUGACUUUCAAAUCCUCCACCUCUAUCCCUUAGGCUUCUGACACUCUGGGAACUGUAAAGAAAAAGGUUGGCAAACUUUCUAGAAACAUCCCUGACUCAGAGAGGUUCUUUUUCUCGUGAGUCAUUCCAAAACAAAUAGUCCUGUUGUGCCAGUGUGCCGGGGAAGGGCGAGACACAGUUCCUGGUUUUUAGCCGCAAAGUGAGUCAGGGCAGAGCAUGCUCAGUGCUCCCUUGCAUGUUCAGCAAAGCUCCUUGGGCGACAUGUUGGCUAAGUGCAAAGCACAAGAAACCAGGUCUGUGUUCUUAAGUGCCUCAGCUGGAAUCCCUUACCUGGAGCCAAGGUCUGUUGCAAAGCUCUGGCUAAGGAGGUCGAGAUGCCAUGGACUUUGCAAAAAGAGGAUUUUGUUCAGCAAACUAAUUGGCGUGUCUAUCCCUAUAGCUCAGUGAGCACUGCAGAAAUGUGGGUCUGCUGUAUUGAGAUUGGCUGUGUAGUGUACCAAAUGCUAUAUAGACUUACUGCGCCCCAGUGGUUAGAGGGAACAGUCUUCCUGUGUUGGUGGAAUAAAGGCUUCAGGACCUCUGUGUGCCCACAUGAAAGCAGCCUUAUCCUUUAGCUGUUCACUAAAACAGAAUUCUUGGGAGAUUACAGUGUAUUUGCUGACCUGUGGCCCUCUUCCUUGGAAAUGCCUUUUGGGUGAUUUUAGUUCCACUGGUUAGCAGGUGCCCGCUUAAAUAAUAUGUGAAAAACAAAAGCAAUUUUCUCUUCUAAGCCUGCCCCAUGGAUCUGAACCAUGCCGUGGCUGAGGACCCCAUUAUAAAUGUAUCUGCUGAUAAGGGUGUGCCAGCUCACUAAGGAAUACUACUUUCAAGAUUUUAAAGCUCAAAUCAAGUGACACAUUAAUACGAAACUAAGAUCUGAUUGAGUGACUUCCUAACAGUCCUUGCCUUGUGGACAUGCUAAAAUCUGACUUGGGUGCCUUACCUCUUUAAUCGGUUGCUUGUGAGCCUGCACUCUGCCUCUGUGGAGUCCCUUGAAACUGGAGAGCCUGUAAAUGUGGCAGUAUCAACUGACCUGGCUGGAGGAGUCACUGUACAUCAAUUUGCAGCAUUCCCUUUGGGGGCUUCAUUUGGGGAAUUUUUCUUAGGGCUGUUUCGAUGAAGUGCCCAUAGCUGAUGGAUGGUGGAAGUAAUUUGAACGUAUGUGACUUGUAGGUUUUGCUAUUUGUUUUGAGACUAAACGCUGGUUGUAGCAUUUAAAGUGAAAGCUUUUCUUCAUGGUUUGCUAGUAUCCUGAGCGUCUUCUUUAGUUGAAAUAGGUUAGUAGGAAGGUUAAGGAGGCGGCGGCGACCAUGUUAUGCUGGCGGUGAUGGCCAGGGCCUCCUACCACGCUCCGUUUUUUGGUAACAGUCCCACUUUGACAAUAAUGAAUUCAAUCCUCGGACAAGGAUGUUAAUGAGGGAAGUGCCCUCCCGACCUAAUCAGCUCUUAAUGGUCCCAGCUGUCAACACUGUUGCAUUGGGGAUUAAGUUUCCAACCCAUGAACUAUGGGACAAACUCAAACCAUAGCACUGGACAUGUCACUGAACAAUAAUGUGACUCAGUAUUACUUCUGUGAAACUGGGAUAAUAAUCUGACCUACCUCAGUGGGUAGGUUUGAGCAUGGCUAAAUGCUCUUUAUAAAACAUUUGGGGAUCCUCAGCAGAGGAAUAUUUAAGUCCUGCACAUUUUUAUAGUAACUGUGUCCACCAUGGACUUGACACGUGCCUAUGUCCCAGAUGACAUUGUUAAUCUACAUCAUUCUUUUCAGAGAUUGAAUGGAUGCGUUAGAUAAUGUAUACUCAUUGCUAUGAAAACAUGCAGGACUCCAUUUCCUUCCUUGGGUGGGAUUUUUCCUUUAUUAUGUGCAACAGUAGUUAUUUGUAAUUAAUAAUUUUCAUUAAUACCAACUCUGAAAGUAUUUCUACUCAUCUGAGGUUGUGUUUGUUCAUAAUAAAAUGAAAUGGAUCUGACUGCAA